GCGGCCAUUGGCAGAGAGGGGCCGGCGGGCGGGCAGGCGGGCCAGGCGGAGCGGCUGGGGAGGCGCGGCCCGGGCUGCUGCAUUCGGCCUGGCCAUGGCAGCGGCACCCCUGAAAGUGUGCAUCGUGGGAUCGGGAAACUGGGGUUCCGCUGUUGCAAAAAUCAUUGGCAAUAAUGUCAAGAAACUUCAGAAGUUUGCCUCCACAGUCAAGAUGUGGGUCUUUGAAGAAACCGUUAAUGGGAGGAAACUGACAGACAUCAUCAAUAACGACCACGAAAAUGUCAAGUAUCUCCCCGGUCACAAGCUGCCGGAAAACGUGGUCGCCGUGGCCAACCUCGGCGAGGCCGUGCAGGACGCAGACUUGCUGGUGUUCGUCAUUCCCCACCAGUUCAUCCACCGCAUCUGCGACGAGAUCACCGGGCGGGUGCCCAAGAAAGCGCUGGGAAUCACACUCAUCAAGGGCAUAGACGAGGGCCCCGAGGGGCUGAAACUCAUCUCCGACAUCAUCCGAGAGAAGAUGGGCAUUGACAUCAGCGUGCUGAUGGGAGCCAACAUCGCUAGCGAGGUGGCCGCGGAGAAGUUCUGUGAGACCACCAUCGGCAGCAAAGUCAUGGAGAACGGCCUCCUCUUCAAAGAGCUCCUGCAGACCCCGAACUUCCGGAUCACUGUGGUAGAUGACGCGGACACGGUGGAGCUCUGUGGAGCCCUGAAGAACAUCGUGGCCGUGGGAGCCGGAUUCUGCGAUGGCCUCCGCUGUGGCGACAACACCAAAGCCGCCGUCAUCCGCCUGGGCCUCAUGGAAAUGAUUGCCUUUGCCAAGAUCUUCUGCAGGGGCCAGGUGUCCACCGCCACCUUCCUGGAGAGCUGCGGGGUAGCCGACCUGAUCACCACCUGCUACGGAGGGCGGAACCGCAGGGUGGCCGAGGCCUUCGCCAGGACAGGCAAGACCAUUGAGGAACUGGAGAAGGAGAUGCUGAAUGGGCAGAAGCUGCAGGGACCUCAGACUUCUGCGGAAGUAUACCGCAUCCUCUCGCAGAAGGGACUCACCGACAGGUUCCCGUUGUUCACCGCCGUCUACCAGAUCUGCUACGAGGGCAGACCGGUCCAGGAGAUGCUGUCCUGUCUCCAGAGCCACCCAGAGCACAUCUAAAGUGAAUCCCGCCGCGCGUUCGGGCAAGUCCUGCCUUUCUCGUCCGUGUCGCGGGCUCGCGUGGAAACCAGGACUUGGCAACAGGAUGCUCGUCUGACGGUCACCCCAUUGUGGAUGUGUGUGAAUUUUUACAGGUUCACUUUUUUAACUGUGAGAGGGAGUUCACUGGCGGAGACGCACGUGUGGACAUGGGCGUGUGUGUGCAACUCCCAUGCUGUGGAUGUCUCCACAGCAGAUCCAAUGCCCUUUUUAAAAAUGGCUGGGGAGUGUCCCCCGCAGUGGUAGCCUUGAAGAUCGGAACUGUCUCAGCCAGAUGUUUUAGACGUUGUUCAUCACGUAUUUUGAUGAUAAAUUUAAUCAGCAUCGAGCCGGUAGGUAGACGGCGGAGUGCGUUUCAGAGAUGAACGUAUUUAACUCGCAAUCACUCUCUCCAAGCCAACCGAAUUAACCCCUUUGAUUGGGGGUUGAUUGAUCUUUUUUUAAACAAUUAGCUCUUUUUAAUCAGAGGCUCCACGUCCUAUCUGCUCCUUGCCAUAAGGCUCUGCGCCGUCGGCCUCUUUCUUCGCUGGCUGCCGGCGUGUGCUUUGUAAGGGCUGGGCACUGGCAGACGGCAGGAGCCUCGGCGGGGAUUUUCCUGCCGGGACCCACUUUCUUCCGCCUAACAAGGGACGGAGCCAGGAGUCACGGGCAGCGCUCCUCCACCUGCUCCUCAGAGCAGAGGCGUCGCCCACCUCCUGGGGGGGCUCGGCAGUGCAGGCUCCCAGGUCCCACCCGGCGCUCCGAGGUGGUGUGGUGCCCGGGCUUCCCCAAACCUUGGCGCCCGACACUCACUGCAGCCGAGAACCACUACUCUGGGAAAAUACAAAGCACGCCCGAAACCCUGUCCCUUAGGGAAGCGAGCGGUUGUCCCCGGGGUCCCCUGGGAGAAGCCGCGUGUGUACGCCCUCUCGGAGGCACAGAGGGGCAGUUAGCUAUGGAGCCGUCUUGGCCAGGGUCCGCACGGGGCACUGUUCAAGGCCAGGGUGACCCCGGGACGGCUCCCACGGCCGCUCGGCUCCCUGGAGGAAUCCGAGGGGCGACCGCCUGCCGCCCUGCGGGCUCCGGGCCUGGCACAGCUCCGUGGCCAGGUGGGGGCAGUGCCACUCAGGCCACCUCUGGUGAAGCUUUCAGGCCGGGCGCCGACUGACGCCAGGUAGACGCCGACCUCGCUGAAAACGCACAAUCUAGGGAGAAGUGCUUGGACCUCCGGUGGGAGUCCCGGGUCUUUUUAGAUGAGGUUAAGGUUUCGGGACAGCAUUGCGCCGACACCUUAUGCAGCAUUUGAUAAGCUAGGGAGCGCAUGAGUGUCACUUCCUCAUGCGUGGAUUUUCACCGACUUUGUAGGAUUUUGGCCUGCUCCUCCCUCGCAGUCUUAGAUUUUUUCCCCCACCUUCUGCACCUAAAAUGAUGAUAGAUUUCCGUGGCAGUUUUUGAAACCUCUACCCUAAACAUCCGGGGCGUUCGAAAAACCCGAGACAUGGACACUUACGCAAGCGCACAAAAUAUUGCAAGUGCCCGCGGUUCCGGGGCCACUGUUAACCUGUUUUGCUUGUCUCACGGUGGAUUUUUUUUUUCAAAGCUUGUACGCAAGUCACAGAGUAGAGGGCGGCGAGCUAGCUGCGGCGGCUUUGGGGUGUCCUGGCAGGGUGUGAGGAUGGGGGUUUAUGUGUUUCCUGCGUUCCCUCUGCUCCCCGCUUCCUCCUCUGGGCUUUGUACUUUAGGUUUUGUUCAUCUGAACUCUGCUGACUGUACGUACCUCUUGGCCACACUCCGAGUAGCUUCUGCACGUUACGUAAAAGGCGACGUUUCCAAGCUUAAGCUCUGUUCCCUGCUGAGGUGUAUUCUCCGAGGUACCUAUCUUUGUGAUCCCCCGUGGUCCGUCGUUUCUUUUCGCUCCCAUUUCUCACUGAUCGCGCUAACAGGGAGGGAGACGCCCAGAUCAGGAUCUGAAUUCGUACUACUUCAGCCAACCUGUGAAUGUAAAACUACACCGCUGCCUUGCUGGAACCCACCCCACUCCGAUACGGAACACACGCCUGGCCUGGGGGAGCUGGGGGCGAGCUGCGUGCCGGCGAUCCACUCACCCCCACCCCCACCACCACGCCGUGCCCCGCGGCGGCAGCCCCACGAGGGUGUUGGGUGAGGUGCAUGUGCAAGGGCCCUGUGGUGGUUCUGCCGGAUCUGUCCGCCAGCCUUUCGCUUACAUGUGUACUGUAUAUUUUGACAGACUGUGGGUGGGCAUAUAAUUUAAAAGGCUUGAUUUAAUAAACGUUGACCCCUCUACACGUGUA